AUGGUACAAUCAGGAGUUCCCACGCGAUUGCGCAAUGACGGUACGUUCUGUUGGGAUGCUGCGGAGAUACAUGCUGAUGGUAUAGAAUCCUGGGUUGAAAUAGCUUCCCAACCAUCCUCAUCCUCUCUUUCCUCGAUCGGCGACGAGAUUGUUACUACUGGUCUACGAGUACAACAUGAUCUAAAUACGAGAAGACGGAGAAGGGUAGCAGGACCAUCGCAUAUCAGCUUGCAAGCACGGCAGACGAGCAGUAGCCAGGAGGAGUAUGAAGAGAGUGAGAGCGAGGAGGAUCGAGUAAUGACGAGUUCGAAUGAGCAUAUUCCCGCUACAAGUCUGCCGCGGGUCGAGUACGAUGCUGGAUCAGAUUCCGAUGACAAUGACGAGAAUGCUACAGCUCUUGGCAGACGAACAGAUGAUGGACCUUCCUUCACACCACAACCCAAUGCCUUUUCUCAUCCUCCUCGACAGGGUGGUUCAUACUUCCCUUCACAUGCACACAGACAAUCCUACCCCCCUCGACCGACACGCCAGCAUUCUUCAUACAACAGUCCAGCAGAUCAUGAUGCGGCUCUGCGGGCUUCUCUUACAACUCUCCUUUCGAUCGGCGCAGCAGCAGCAAGAGGUCUACCAAAGCGGGAGCAACCUACAAUGACAUCGAAUGAACCGAUGGGAUUACGAUUCGUUCCGGAAUCCGAAUUAAUGGCGCCCAACCCCGCCAAUACCUCUCGACCCCUCACAGCCUCUACAAGAGCACGAAGCAGCCCAUCAAUAUCCUCGCAAGAAGCCGCAGAGAAGGGAAAGCGAAAAGCCAAUAAUGCAAGACCAACAACAGAGAAAGUCAGAGCAUCGAAGAAGAAGAAGGUACAGGUUGAAAGUGUGGAGGAUUCCUUGUUAUCUCCUACUUCGCUCUUUUGGGCUAUGUCUGCUGGUGUGGCUGUUCUGGUAUUUGGAGCUGGUUUUGUUAUUGGGAGGGAAGUGGGAAGACAGGAAGCUAUGGCUGGAUUGAACGGUUCUACCCUUGUCGAUACAGGUUCUUGCGGAAGGGAGGUUGCGAGAUCGAGUACAGGGACGUUGAGGAGGUUCAAAUGGGGUAUUGGAACGGGAAGUGGGAUUGUGGCUUGA